UCCAGACAUGUGUCUUAAUUUUACAUUAUAUCUCUUGCUUGCAACACUGUUUAAUGAUAAUUUUAAAAUGGAUGAUACUUCUGUCGGGAUGAAAUGGAUAUUUAACACAACAGUUUAAUAAAUAUUAAACCUACAGUUGUUUAAGAGUUAGGAAAUCUAGACACUUUAAUACAUAAUGACAAAAAUAUCCUCAAGUGCAGUGUACGCGUGUGUUGUUCUUUUUAUACUUGUGCGAGUUGGCUGUGCACAGGUGUGUUUAAAGUGCCGGUGUUGUAAGCAAUUACAUCACAGAAAAUGUACGAGUACAGGCCAAUGUUAUUACGGAUGUAUAUACGGUUAUCAUGGAAGAAAUUGUAACUAUAAAUGUUCAUCUCAGAAUUGCCUAAGCUGUCACCAAUACAUAGGCAAUAUCUGUUUAGAAUGUAAAUCCGGAUACUAUUUGUACAAUUAUAAUUGUUAUGAUUGUAAAUCAAAUUGCAAAUCAUGCGAUUUUAUACGUCGUUGCCAGUCGUGUUAUGACGGCUACUGGGGAAAUACAUGCCAACAAAAGUGCAAAGGAAAGUGUGUAUCGUGCAGACAGGAUGGAUAUUGUCUAUCCUGUGAACCAGGAUAUACUGGAAGCACUUGUGACAAGUGUGCAAUUGGUCGGUUUGGAAAGACCUGUCAAUAUGAAUGUUCUAAGGAUUGCACCAAUGGACAUUGUGAUGUGGAAAAUGCUAUAUGCCGGUGCAAUUCAAACUAUAAAGGUGAAACCUGUGACCAGUGUGCAAAUGGACGGUUUGGAAAGAACUGUCAAUAUUUGUGUUCUAGGGAUUGCAUAAACGGACAUUGUGAUGAGGUGAAUGCUAUAUGCCGGUGUAAUCUAAACUAUAAAGGUAAAACCUGUGACCAGUGUUCGAGUGGACGAUUUGGAAAUAAAUGUGAGCAGUCUUGUUCACUUGGCUGUAAUUUUGGUAACUGCACGCGAUACACAGGAUUAUGUUCUUGCAAGUUUGGCUGGAGCGGUCAAAGAUGCAACACAUCACUGGUAGGAGGAGUUGGCGGAGGAGCUGUAGCUUUUGCUGGCAUUGUGGUUAUUGGACUUGUUUUGCUUCGAAGAAGAAGAGAAAAUUCAAGCAAAAACAAGAGCAAACCAAAAAAACAAGAACCUGAGAAUUGUUCCGCCUUGUACGCAACUGUGAACGAAGGAAGAGCAAAGGAGGAUACCAAUACUGUCCACUCUGUAACCAUCACAGAAAACCCAAAUUACCAGAGUCCACCACCGAAGAGCUCUGGCAAAAACAAAAGGCAUAUUAUGACUGAAGAAAAUCUUGAAAUUGAGGAAGACAUAUCUGCACGGGAAAUUACAGUUAUGUUUGAGGCGAAUGGAGGAAUCUAUUACAACAACGCUAAAGAAGUCAGCAAAUUUAAACUGACUGUGGCCGAUUUACCUGAAUAUGCACAAUACAUAGGUAUAAGGGAUCUAGAAGAAGAAUUUCAGAGGAUACCAUACGGUCUCAUAAAACCCUAUGGAGUUUCACAAACGAAGUUUAAUAUGCAAAGAAAUAGAUACAAAGGAAUAUACCCAUAUGAUGAUACGCGUGUUGUAGUACGCGGAGGAGACACAGACUAUAUCAAUGCAAGCUAUGUAGACGGUUUCAGAAAACGAAAUGCAUAUAUAGCUGCCUUGGGUCCAAUGGCUAAGCAGCUGGGCGAUUUCGGCCAAUUCUGGCGAAUGAUCUGGCAACAGAAAGUGGAAAAAAUUGUCAUGGUGACCAACUUGGUUGAGGGUGAGAAAACCAAAUGUGAGCAAUAUUGGCCUGAUCAUUGUCAAAGUAAACUAUAUGGCGAUGUAGAAGUUGUGUGCAAGGUUGAAAAACUGUACGCAGAUUUUAUUUGGAGACAAUUUACGUUUUCCAAGAGAAAACAGAAUUCCGAAGAAAGAAUUUUGCAUCACCUUCAGUUCACAGCGUGGCCGGACAAGGACAUUCCUGAUAACGUCACAUCAAUUAUAGAGUUUAGACAGAGAGUGAACGCCUUGCAAAGUACCCUUGACGGACCAGUGAUAGUGCAUUGCAGUGCUGGCGUAGGACGAACGGGAACCUACAUAGCUCUGGACAUUCUGACCAAAGAGGGUGAGGCAGAAGGAGCAAUAGAUAUCCCGGGAUGCGUUCUCAAUAUGCGACAGAGCAGACCCAGCAUGAUUCAGACUUUGAGUCAAUACAAGUAUCUACACCAAGCGUUGGUCCAAUCAUUGACUCUUAACUGCUCGUUGAUAAAAAGAGAACACUUUGUUGAAUAUAUGAAUAUGAUGUCCAGCAAACAGGAGAUACAGAAGCUGUUUGAGAAAAUGCAGUUUAAUCAAGAGCAAAAGUCGGAUCAGGAACAACAAGCAACGGAAAAUAAUCGGCUUCUGACAAAAAAGAACAGAAAACACGCAGACAUACCAGGUGAUUCCAACAGACCACGUCUGUAUCUGUUUUUGAACCCAGGCGAAUCUGAUUACAUCAAUGCGAUAUACAUCAACAGUUUCAAAACAAAAAACCGCUUCUUGGUAGCACAAACACCUCUGCCUGACACUGUUUCCGAUUUCAUUGCGCUUGCUGUUCAAGAAAACUGUUCCUGUAUUGUUAGUUUGGAGGCACAGGGGAUUGGCUUAUACGUUCCUGGUGACAAUAUUUCAAUGCAAAAAGGUGUGAUUUCAAUACUUUCUACAAGAGAUCAAAGUACAAGACACUUUGUAAAAAGAAUGCUGCAUUUUGAACUCGACAGAAAGACCAAGGUGGUGAUACCACAUUAUGAAUAUUUGAACUGGGAUAGAAAUCUCAAUACACCGAGGUCGGCAGAAUACUUUGUUGCCUUCAUCAAAGAGGUUGAAGACGCAUCCAAAUCACUCAUCAUGAACGGACCGAUACUGGUGCAUUGUAUGAACGGCGCUGGAAAGAGUGGUCUGUUUUGUGUUGUCUCCACAUUACUUGAAACACUGAUUGAAGAUAAUGAAGUCAGUGUGGUCAAUGCGGUGAUGAAAGUCAGAGCAAAACGAACGCUUUCCAUUCCAAAUAAGGAACAAUUUUACUUUUGCUACGAGUGUGUUCUCCAAUCCUUGAAUGCAAAAGAUGACGCUGUGUACUACAACACAAGUGGGGAUAUCAAGAGGACAUGAACACGGCUGACCAUUUUGGAACAAUGAACGUCGAUGUGUUGCCCUUGGCAAGAACAUAUAAAUAUAUACAUUAUAAAUAUAUAAGACAUGUUCAGCUAUAUUACUUAUAAUUUGCACACAUGUUGACAUUAUUAAACGUAACAUGAUUGCAAUUCUGCAUCACCGUAUUCACAUGCUUAAAAAAACGCUUAUGUUUAUCUGUCUAUCUAAACAUUGUUUUGUGAAUAUCAUUGUAAAUAUUUGCACAAUUACUGCUAUUACUAUAAACUGUAGUGUGUUGUAUUUGAUCGAAACGAGAUCCUAUAGGAAAGGCUUAAUAUGCAAACUUAUUGGCGAUAGGUAGCAUUUGAUGAGAUACAGAGAUAGUUCAAUAUAUGCACUCCACUUUCUGCACGGUAAGCUUGUCGAUAUAAUAAACAAAAUGUACCACACGGAACCCUCGUGAUUGAAACAGGAACUGUGUGCGCGUUGUGUAUAAUUUCAGUCGUUAAGUUUAUAUAGUGAAUGCAGUAAAUGUUGCUUUAAUAUUUCAUGAACGCAUUGUACAUUUUAAUUAUCAUGUUGUUUUCUAUAUAUAUAUUGCAUUAUGCCGAAUACACAAUAAAUGCGAAACGUGUAAAGAAAAAAGUCAAAACGAUUAAAAAGUUUUUUAUUCCUUUUUUCUAUAAGAAUUGCUGUAUUUAAACGAACCUUUAAGUAUGUUUUGAAUGUUUUGGCGUUGAUAAAUGUUUCAAAGAAGAGAUGUAUUGUACGAGAAUAUUUUCACGUAACAUUACAUCUUAUUGAAUAUUUCAACCUAUGCAUAACUGCUGCUUCGCAGCAUAUAAAAUUAUUUAAUAAAAGUUAUUUUUUUAUCUAAAAAUAGUUUUCUGAUAGAAUUCUACGUUUUCUACCAACUUGCAUUGGCCUUAAACUUACACUGCAAGUAUUAAGAAAAAAAGGCAGAAUGUGGAAUGGUCAACAAGUUCAAUGGAACAAAAAUAUCAUGCCUCACUCAAGCUUAUAUGACAUUAAUAUAAAAGUUCAUAGAUGAAUCAGAAAAUAGGAUUAUUGUCUGUUUACUUUAUUUACGUAUGUUAUUUUACAAUGUAUGAUAGCAUUUUAUGCAUUGAAAUCUUUUGAUAGUUCUCCAUAUAAACCUAUUUCAAACAUGUAUGUUGUAUAUAUUCUAAU